UUUUACCAUUUCUCCAAUCAGCAGCUUUUUUAUUUCUUCACUGUAGAUCACUCCGCUUAGAUGUGGAAACCGGACUGUUCCUGCUACAGGCCCUGGGUCAUGCAGGCUAGGUAAAUGCGAUCCGGUUAAGGACGGUAAAGGACGGUGUUGUAACAUCGUCUGGCGAGGGCAUGGCACAUAUCUGGUCGCCCCAAGUGUCCAUUUCCUCAAUUGAUGCCUUACGGGCCCAGUCAUCAGUGGAUGAUCUUGAUAUGUCAGACCAGUGUGAAACCAACAAAGAGAAUCCAGAUCAACCCACCAAUCUCUGCACCCCACUGCGCGAGCUGAUUGGACAUCACAGUGUGGUGAUUGCUGCUGAUUGGUUGAACUUCGGUGGUCAGGUGAUAAUCGCAUCAUGGGAUAGAACUGCAAUCUUGUUUGACGCAGAAACUGGGGCAAACUUGACUGUUCUCAAAGGCAGUCACGUGUGAGGGAAAAUACUGGACCUCUGCUCCGGAAGAUAGAGUAUCGGUACUUUGCUCUUUGAAGUUUCCGUCAAUGCUUCCCACGAUGCUACGCAAUGUAACAGGCUCGUAUUCAUCAUACUCAUUCUUGCGAAUGGAGAGCAAAUAUGUGGCAAGAUAUUCAUCUAGAUGGUCGACUGAUUAAUUGUGGAUUGCCUUCGUUUCCCCUUUCUUGGCAAGAUAUUUUUGAAAUGGACUGACAUCUGCCAGUGUUUUUCGGAUAGUGUUUUUGUUAUCUUCGGCUUCAAUUAAUUUUUGUACAUCUUCCGUUGUUAUUUCUAUGGCUUCUGAUAUGUUUUAACUGUUCUCAGUUUUUUAUUUUGUUUCAGUACUAGUAAGGAAUUCUAAAUGACUUUUAUUUAAAUUGACAUUUGCAUUCGUGCUUUCAUCAAAUGGUUCAUUAAACACACUCGGAUUUAUUCCAAACUGAUUGGCAAAGUCUUCCUCAGACAUAACAACUUCAUCCAUUAAACCGUCCCAAAUAACGUCAAACUUACCUCCAUCCACAAAGUCUGACAUGGUAAUGUUUAUUUAUUGUAUUUAUAUAUGUUUUUUAUGUUUAAGUCCUUAUUUUCAAAGGAAAUGAGCUUUUAACGAGCCUUAUCAAACACAAUUCAUGUGGCAAAAUUUGCAAACUGUAGAAGACAACAAAUGUAACUUUAAUAAUAAUUUAUGAUUUAAAAUUAUUUCAUUAUUUAAUGCUUAUUACUUUGGGUUUUAUUGUGAAGUGUGUCACUUUUUUAUUUUUUACUAUUUUUACUGCUUUUGUAUUGUUAGUUUUAUUUGUUUGGUCUGUUUAUAUUGAGUGUUGAACUUUUGACAUAACCUUUGACCCUUGAUGUUUGCAUAUGAAGGCGUGUCAAAAAAAAGUAGUCCGUUUGUUACAUGACGUCAUCAGCAUGUACUUAUUCAUUCUUAAUAUUUGUGAAAUACGUUUUUUUCUGUUUUUGUUGCUGUUUGAAGAUUAAAUGUAAUACCUUUUGGUAACAAAAUGUUUGUUUUGAUAACUCUGAUUCAGUUUUACAAUAAAAAAAAUCAUUGUACUUAAGUCUUAGUAGCCUCCACACAUGACUGAUAUAUGAAGUUUCUGUUGACCGUGAUAUAAAAAAAGAUAUCAGGAAACCGGACAUCAAGCAGAUAUCAAUGUGGUGGUAUAAUAAAGGCUGAUAUUUGAAAGGCUGAUAUCUGAGUCUCGCUCUGGGACAACGGGGCUAAAUGCAUGUGCAUAAAGUGUGGUCCUAGAUUGGCCUGUGCAGUCCACACAGGCUAAUCAGUGACGUAACUUUCCAUUUACAAAAAGAAAUCAAAUUUAAGUGGAAAGGGUCAUCUCUUAUUAGCCUGUGUUGGCUGCA